CUCUGGCGGCGCUGAGCUCCCCAACCCGGGCGCUGUGCUCCGUCCCUGCCCGCCGCGCCUCCACGGGGCGGGGCCUGCGGUGAGCGCGUUACUUACGGACUGCCGGCAGGUGCGGCUCCGCAGGUCUGGUCUCCAGAGUCUGUGUGGCCGCUUAGACGAUUCUGCGUUGAUAUCAGCGGGGCGCUGGGCUCUUCACACCCCCUUGCUGAGGCCACGGGAGGGCGCGGAGACCGGGAUUUGGUGGAGCCCCGGCGUCUUUGUAGCCAGUUCUGCAGACACUUGUUAAGUACUUUGUAGCUGUCGCGGUGACUGUAAUCUUUUGAAGUUAGAAGUUAAAUAAGAAGUUGCUGAAUGGGCGGAGAGAGUGCUGACAAAAUGGAAAAAAAAACUGACAGCACCUGACUGUUCCUCUUCAUCGUAACAGAGCGGAGGGGAUACCAUACUGAAGAUAAAUUGCAGCUAUGGCUGCUGUUUAUUCUGGCAUUUCUGUUAAGCUUAAAAGCAAGACUACUUCCUGGGAAGAUAAAUUAAAACUAGCUCACUUUGCUUGGAUUUCCCACCAGUGCUUCCUUCCAAAUAAAGAACAAGUGUUACUUGAUUGGGCAAGACAGUCUUUGGUUGCCUUUUAUAAGAAAAGACUUGAACUGAAGGAAGACAUUGUUGAAAGACUUUGGAACUAUAUAGAUAACAUUCUACAUAGCAGAAAAUUGCAGAAUCUCCUCAAGAAUGGAAAGACAAUUGACCUUCAGAUUUCCCUAGUCAAGACCAUCAAUGAGAGAAUAACCGACUUUUCUCUUUCGGGAUCCCAAAGAAACAUCUGUGCUGUGCUGAGCUGCUGCCAGGGCAUCCUCUCAACGCCCGCCCUUGCUGUCAUCUACACAGCUAAACAGGAGCUGAUUGUGGCCUUGCUGAGCCACCUGUGCUGGCUGGCUUGUAGGCAGCCAGAAGGAACCGUGGUAGCCCAGUUAUUUGAGGUCAUUCACCUGGCCCUUGGCCAUUACCUCUUGAUCCAGAAGCAGCAGGUCAAUCCACGACGUGCCUUUGGAGAGGUGACUGGACACCUGCUGCAGCCCUGCCUGGUUCUGAGGCACUUACUUUCAGGAGGCACAUGGACACAGGCCAGCCAUGGUCAGCUGCGGCCAACAUUGAGCAGGGAUGUCAGAAAUCAGAUUGAGACCAUGCUUCGAGGGGGAGCUUUUCAGCCUGAGCUGCUCUCAUCCUACAAAGGGGAGCUCCUUGACCAGCAGCAAGAUGACUCAAAGAUGGGGACCAUGAAGAAUCUUCUAGCUCCCUUGGAUACCGUGAUUGCCAGACUGGUAGAUGCUGGUUACUGUGAACCAUCUCUUCAUGCUGCUGUUGUAGCCAAUUCAGUGGCUUUGCUAUAUAAGCUUUUUCUAGAUUCUUAUUUUAAGGAUGGGAACCAGUUUCUCUGCUUCCAAGUACUCCCGAGGCUGUUUGGCUGCUUGAGGAUUUCACACUUGAAGGAAAAGCAGAUAAAAACCCUGACUAUGUCAGAUUGGACCACAGAACUCCUGGUUGUGGAACAGCUGCUGAACUCGGUGACCACCAACAACAUCUACAACAUUGCAGAGGAUAGAAUCCGGCACGGAGAGACUCAAUUCCACUUCUACCGCCGUUUGGCUGAGCUGCUGAUAAACCAUUCACAAGCAUCUGUGCCAGCCUGGUUCCGCUGCCUCAAAGUUUUGAUGUCUCUGAAUCACUUGAUUUUAGAACCAGAUCUGGAUGACCUGCUGGCUUCAGCGUGGAUUGAUGCAGAAGUAACAGAAUUUCGAACCAAAAAGGCCCAGGAGAUGCUUAUUCACACUCUUUUCCAGACGUAUGCUAAACUCCGACAAGUAUCCCGAUUGUUUGAGAAAGUUUUGGGGGUGAUCUGUCUUCCAGCUGCAGAGAUGCUGAGGCAACCUGUACUGGCCUCGGGCCCCUCCACAGUGCUCUCUGAGUGCCUCUUGGAGUUGCCUCUGAGUCAGAUCUUGGACACUUGGUCCCUCCUGCUGGACCAGUUCCAGUCUUUGGUUUUACCUUCUUUGCAGACUGAUGUGGACAUGGCCCUAAAGUCACUGUCCCUGAGCUCCCUGCUACACUGCAUCAUGUUCAAUAUGAAGAGCCUGGACAACAGCACACCUCUGCCUGUUGUCAGAAGAAUGCAGCGCACCAUGGAGAGGAUGCUCCGAGAGCUUGUAAAGCCCCUGCUGGACCUUCUAGACCCUCAGGGCCCAGAACCUGAGUUGUGGCUCCAGAAGGUUAGUGACUCUGCACUCCUGCUCGCUUGCACCUGGGCCCAGGUUGACACCAUGCUCAGUUUAAACUGCAGCCAGUAUCACUCUUUGGCUGAGGCCCUUCCAGAUGUUGAUCUGGAGAUUUCCGACCUCCCUUCAUUGCUUCCAGGUAUAGAAACACACCUUUGGAAGAAGAUAGAAAAGUUGACAGCACAGUUUGAUUCCCUUGGCAGGCAUUGCUUAGAACAGCUCUAUCUGCAGAAAAUGAAACGGACAUUAAUGCAUGCUGGUUUCCAGUCUGAAGGAGCUCUCCACGCUUUGAGGCACGAUGCUGCCUACAUUCUCAGUGCUGGCAGAGAUAGCUUGAAUCAUAGGGCAGCAGCUUCCUGGGAUGGCCAGGUAGGGACAGUGAGUGCACUCACAUACCCCAUAGCACACUGGCACUUGAUUGUGUCGAAUCUCACAAUUUUAUUGCCCUAUCUUUAUCCAGAUGAUAUGAAGUACUUGGCGAGUGUCCUGCUAAGCACUCUACCUAUAAGCAAAGCCCAGGAAGGCUCAGCAGAUGAGGAGCCACAUAUCACACUUGAAAAAAUAUCCCAGGCUAUUUUUCACAGCCCUCUCUUUCCAGAAAUGCAGUCCCUACAUUCUGCUUUCUUAAUGCGCCUGUCUGCAAGGUGUACUAGUAUUUUGUGUUCUGGCGCCCAGACUGAAGCAUGCCACCUCCACCAGCAGUUGCCUUGGCUUUUUGAAAAGGACCACGUGGUUGUGACUCUUUGGGAAAACAGAUUUGCAAAAGUUGGACCUGAAGGUGUAGAGACAAGAGGAGAAAUUGCCCAAAACUUACUAUCCUUGAUCAAGAGUGACUUCCCCAUUCAGCUGGAGGGAGAACAAUUAGAAAGCAUCCUGGAGCUUUUGGAAGUUAUUUCUGCUCUACAACUGGAUAGUCUCUCGACUCCCUAUCACCUCCAUUAUUUUCUUGUGUUACUCUCCAUGACCAUCGCGGAGUUGGGAGACUCUUGCUCCUCCUCACUCAUCUUGAGGUUUUUGAUGACUUGCUACCAGCUUCUGGGCCAUCUACAAAGGGGGAAAAGUGCCCGCUCAGUGCUCAAGAUUAUGUAUGCUAGUGAUAUUUUUGAGAUUGUACUGACCUCAUUGUUCAAAGCCAGUAGUAGAUUUCCCAUUGCUGUGGAUGACCCCUUUUGGUUGGAAUUCCUCCAGGUGGUAGGGACAUUCUUAGAACAACUGAUGCGGAUGAUUGUCCAGAUAAAGCUGAACUUGGUGCUCAAUUUUGGGAAAAUCGUUGCUUUUCUCUCACAUUGCAAACUGUAUACGGAAGCAACUUCAGGCAAACAGUUGGAAAAUCAGAAUCUUCUGGGUAGGCAGCUCCUUCUGCUGUCUUUAACCAAGUUGUGCCAAGUCCUGGGGCCUUUUGUCAGAGAGCCAAAGCAGCAGCACGAGGUCCCGGAAGGGCUGCCAGAGCUGUUGCACCAGGCCAUUCUCCAGACCGGAGCCCUGCUGCAGCUCUGCUCUGCGGGCAGGGUGCAGGCAUGGCGCCUUCCUGCUGCCUUCAUCUCCUCGGUUGUCACGCUCUUAGAAGCACAUGUGGGCCAGGACUCCGGGUACAGACGGCUGGAGCUUUCCCCAAAGACUGAUGGCACGCUGCUCUCCCAUACUGCCCUCUACCAGGCCGUGUACUCCCAAAUACUGUCAGAGUUGCCGGGGCUAGCGGGAAACAUUCCUUCUUUCCAGGCAGCUGUGCGCUUUUUCACUCUCUUCUUCUUGAAGCCAGAACUCCAUCCCAAGAAGGAUUCUGUUUUUACCUCCACGUUUCAUUCUGUGAGAAAAGUUCUCGCAGAUCCUGCAAUUCCAGCUCAUGUAUUUCAGGAUAUUGAACCUCAUUUGGGAAUCUUGUUCACCCAAAUGUUAGAGGUUGGGACCACGGAGGACUUUAGGAUGGUGAUACAGUGCAUCCUGCAAGGACUAGAUGUCAGUAAUGCAUGGAAGGCGGACGUGCAGACCAUUUUGUCAGCUGUUAUGUUGAUCAAGUUGCUUCUGAACUGUCUGUCCAGUGGAGAGAAAGCGAGUAUGUUCUGGCGUGCGUGCCCCCAGAUCAUCACGGCUCUAACUCUGCAAAACCGAGAGGCUUGUCAGGAGCAGCCUGUGCCCCUCAACGUGGUUGGGCCCAUUUUGGAUGUUCUGGCUGCGCUGCUGCGGCAAGGGGAAGACAACAUCAGCAACCCACACCAUGUCAGCCUGGCCUUCAACAUCCUGCUAACGGUUCCUCUGGACCACCUGAAGCUUCCCGAGUAUGGGACCAUUUUCCCGAAGGUGCACAACGUGCUCUUCUCGAUCCUGCAGUGUCACCCAAAGGUAAUGCUGAAAGCCAUCCCUUCUUUCUUGAACUGUUUUAAUAGAUUGGUGUUUUCAGUUAUUCAUGAAGGACGACAGAAAGACAAAGGAAGCUCUGAUGACUGGCCAGUGAUCCUAGAGUGUGCCCGCCUGGUGGAAAGGAUGUACAGCCACAUCGCAGCUCGGGCUGAAGAGUUUAAGGUCUUCUCCCCCUUCAUGGUGGCCCAGUAUGUCACAGAGGUGCAGAAGGUCACCUUGUACCCAGCGGUGAAGGGCCUUCUGCAGGAGGGCAUUUAUCUCAUCCUGGACCUCUGCAUUGAGCCAGACGUCCAGUUCCUACGGGUGUCACUGCAGCCAGGACUGAGAGAUGUCUUUAAGGAGCUGCAUAAUGACUAUAUGAAGUACCACAAGGCGAAACAAGAAGGCGAAAGGAGAUACACGGCGUAAGGCUUGUCCUGGCAGUGCUGCUGGUGCUAGAGAGGCUCUGCCCAUGCUCUGCAAGGUGGAGAAUGACAGCUCUCAGAUCUUGGGAUUCGCAGUGUUGAAAUAUGUGGAAAACACCGUUGGGUUUAUAUGUUUAUAUUUUAUGGUAUGUUUUUCACACUAAGUAUUUUUUUAACAUUUUUUUUGUACACUGAAUAUUGUAACAGAUACCUGAAAAUAGACCUUGGAAUGAGGUGAACUCAAUAAAAAAUUGCUGACUCUCUCUCAUGGCAGUCCCAGAGGUGCUGCCCAUCUCCACCUGUGCUUUGGUGUCCCUCUCCCCACUAGGACAUAUUUGGAACUUGUUUUUUACUUUAGGUACCUGGUGAUGUGACUCAGUUACAUUUAAAUGGCUUUGCUUUUCCUUUCUUCAAGUAACUUGGGAAGUGUUCUUGAAGUGCCACUUUUUCUGCCUUCCCUCUGCGUAUAUUUUCCAGUGGUACUGGGGAGAGUUAACGCUUCGUGACUGUGGGAGCUGCGGUGCCUGCUCCCAGCAGGAGAGGCACCGGCACGCAGGCAGAUGCUCUUUGGUAAGGGCGCUGGGCUCCGGCUCUCCUGUCUGCUCUUUCUGCUUCCACUCAGUGAAGUUUGUUUUGGAAUUUUUUUCCUUCUAUUCAGAGUGAAAAAUAAUUUUAAUAUUUUUUAUUACCUAAGCAAUAUUUUUCAUUGUAACAACCUCAGAAAAUAAAACUAAAAGGGAAGAAAUUUAAAACACAGUCUCAGCUGUUUGGAAAGCUGCUGUCACCUCCUUGGAUACCUUGUUUUCAUGUCUUGGUGUGUGUGCAUGUGUGUAAAUAUAUGGUUAUGUGUAAUAUAUAUUAUUGCCAAAUUGGAUCAUAAAUAUGUUUUUUCUUACUUUUUUUUGGUUUUAGUUACUUAAUAUUUUUCCUGUUCAAUAUUCCAGAAACAUCUUUUCCAUGAAGAUGUUUGCCAUACUUUUUAAAGGUUGUGUAGUCAUCCAUUGAGUUGACGCAGCUCUUUUAUUUAAUAAAUCCCCCAUGCUUAGUCUUUUCAAACUUUCUUUUACGGUUAGUGCUUAUAGCUAAAUCAUCCCUUCUGUCUUUAGUUGUUUCCGUAAGAAUGCCGGUAGGUUGUAUUGCUUGUCAAGGAAUCUUACCAGUUUUUAAGGCUUUAUAUAAAUACUACCAAAUUGCCUUCCAGACAGUACACUAAUUUAUU